UACAUUUUCAUUGGUGGUUUCAAUGCAUCGGGCGGCCACGUGUCACAGCCUUUUCGAUGCAUCGGUUAUUCUGAGUGGUUAAUAUAUAGAUAAUCAAUCUGCAAUUCGAUGAGCUAGAAUUCUAAAGUUUCGGUCGGUCGAUACAUUCACAAAAGAAUCUUCAUGAUCUCCGCCGAAUUUGAAGUUUUAUUUGAUUUUCUGCUGUGAAAAUUUAGCUUAAAAGGACAAUCAGCUUGUGGACUCAUAGAUGUUAUGCAGAAGUUACUUCAGGAAAGUGAUUCUGCGAUCUGCGCGUAUUUGCAAUAUAACACCGCAAUUUGUUCAUUUUGCUACUUUGAAAAAGGGUUUGAAGACUCUUCCUGCAGCAACAUCGUCGGGUGAUCAAAAAGUGACGGUUAGCAAAUCGAAGGCGGAUAUGGAUCCUAGUAGUAACCGGAGUUUGAUGACUAUAACUUCACUUGAGAAGAAAGAUGGUGGUUGCUAUGCAAGUGGUGGAUGGAAGAGUGAAGAUGGAAGAUUGAGCUGUGGUUUCUCAAGUUUCAGAGGAAAAAGGGCAACCAUGGAAGACUUCUUUGAUGUCAAAACUUGCAAGAUCGAUGGGCAGACCGUCUGCCUAUUUGGGAUAUUUGACGGCCAUGGUGGUUCACGUGCAGCCGAGUAUUUGAAGCAAAAUCUUUUUAACAACCUCAUGAUGCACCCUCAAUUCAUGACAAACACUAAAAUGGCCCUAAGUGAAACUUAUCAAAGAACCGACUCAGAGUUUUUGGAGUCUGAAAAGGAUAACUCGAGUGAUGAUGGUUCUACUGCUUCAACUGCAGUCUUGGUAGGUAAUCGUUUGUUUGUCGCUAACGUUGGAGAUUCUCGGACUAUAAUAUCAAAGGCAGGCAAAGCUAUCCCUCUUUCUGAGGAUCAUAAACCAAAUAGAAGUGAUGAAAGGGAGAGAAUUGAAAAUGCUGGUGGGGUUGUCAUGUGGGCAGGCACUUGGAGGGUUGGAGGUGUUCUAGCAAUGUCCCGUGCUUUUGGAAACCGCAUGCUUAAGCAAUUUGUUGUUGCAGAACCCGACAUCCAGGAACAAGAGCUUGGGGAAGAACUUGAAAUGCUAAUUCUUGCAAGUGAUGGUCUCUGGGAUGUAGUACCUAAUGAUGAUGCGGUUUCACUUGCACAAACUGAAGAGGAACCUGAAGCAGCAGCUAAAAAGUUGAUAGAGACUGCUUUUAGCUGUGGAAGUGCAGAUAAUAUCACCUGCAUAGUAGUGAAGCUUUAUCAUGAUUCCACUUCUGAAUCCAAACCCAAAUCCGAGUCGUUAACCUCAACUGAAACCAAGACAUGAUGCCAAAGCUCAAGCGCGGGAUAAAUAACAGAUAUGGUAACUUCGACGAUUCAUUCAUUUGUUCACAUAUAUUCUUUUAACAGGCCAGCGUGAAUAAACACAUUGUUUUCUUGUUUAUUCGUUAGAGUUGAACCCCUUUAUCAUAUUCAACAAUAAAUAUACUACGUCGUGUUUUUUGGA